AUGCGGACGUUCCUCAGGCUGUCAAGAAGACGCACUGUAAUUGCUGAGGUGAACGCCCCGCAGGGACUUACGCUUCGACCUAAACGGGGUGCUGAGCCGCCCACGAGGCUCUGCUACUGCUUCCACUUCCGCACUGACUUUGAGUACGAGCUGUUCGCACGCACACUGGAGGCCUUUACACGCAUGCAACGAUAUGCAUUGCUGCAAAGCUCAGUAGUGAUGGAGAUGGAGAUCUCGCAGGAACACAAGAAGCGGAAGCUGGACGAGGGCAUUCGCCUGCAGGCCACGGCUGACAAAACCAAGAAGCGCGAGGAGCAAAUGGCGCUGAUCAAAGCCAAGAAGCAGGCCAAGAAACGGGACAAAGAGCAGGACAAGACACUCGUGAAGGCUGCUACGCCCCCGAGCAAGAUGAUCUGUGUCCUGUGUCGCAUGCAGAGGAAGCCUGAUGCGCCAGAAUAUCCGAAACAUCCUUUCGUGCUGAAGGUUCGUGACGGCAAGGGAGAAGUUGUUCAUAUCUGCAAGGUAUGCUUGCAGCGGGUGCUGCAGCAGCGCGUGCAGAAUCCCCCAGUCGUGAAGAAGGGCGACCCAGAUAAUUAUUGCGGACUGUGUGCCCAGUCGGCGGAAAACUUGCCAGUCAAGUCCAUCAAGGCGUGCACACACGAAAUCUGCACGCGGGUGUAUUGUUUGCCCUGUAUCGACAAACUGAUUGGCAGAGCGCAGUCUCACAAGGUGUGGCGGACCAACAACUGGUUGUGUCCGAACUGCUCAACAGAUAAUGAUGAUGCUUCUCCUGGAGAGGAAGCGAGGGGAGCUGAAGCCGUUUCAGCUACAGCGUCCAAGCAGAAGAAGCGAAGGCGACGCAAUGAGAUUGAUGAUAGUACAACCGCAGACGAAGAUGAGCCAGAACUUGGGAAGCCAAUCGGUUCGCCAUCCGACAUGCAGCCUAUUGACUAUGCGGUGACAUAUUUCAAGUUCUUACUGGAACGUGAGACAACAGUCGAGUUCGCGGAAUCGGAAGAUGUAUGCUUCUGCUGCAAGGAUGGUGGCAAUGUGAUCGAGUGUGAUUGGAAGGGCUUGAAUGGGGCCUUUGCGCGUUGCCCAAAGGUUUACCAUGAAGACUGCUUGGGCUACGAAGUUCCAGAGGGAAAGACGUGGGUUUGCCCGCGCCAUCGCUGCCAGGACUGCGGUAUCAUAGCGCAUCACUCUUGUCGCUUUUGCGUCACUUCCUAUUGCCAGGAUCACUUACCGAAAGAGGUAAAGAGGCUCGGUCGCGCAACAAAAGACAUUCCUACGUCGACCUACGUUAUGUGCCCCAGAUGCACCCAACAGGCCCAGGACGCCUUGAAGGACAAGAAGAUUGGAUCAGAUAUCCAUUCCAAGCUCUUGCGACGACGGCGUUGA